AUGAAGGUUUCCUCAGUUAUCAGUCUCAUUGGCCUGGGUGCCUUUGCCAUGGCCGACCCUGCUACCACCUCGGCCGAUAGCGCCAUUACUAAUGCGGCGGAAUUCCUUUCAGCCUUUGGUAUCACAGCCAGCCUCCCCGGCGCAAAAGCCACCUCGCUUGCACAAGCCCUCUAUUCUCUUAAUGAGGCUCAAAUGACACGAUCAGAAGCCAAUGCUCUCGCGGAGGCUUUUGCAACCGCCGUCCCCAGUUCCUUGCAGGACUCCAUCGGGGAAGGAGGGUACACUUUCCAGCUUGAUGCUUCUACCACAUCGGAGCCAUCCUGGUUCACUUACUUGCCCGAUUCGGCACAAAGCGAGCUCCUGUUGCAGGAGAGUCAAAUUCUUUCCGUGGAAAAUGAAUACUUGGCAACAACUACAUCUUCAGGCGUCGCAUCUCAGCAGACUAUUGCCGCUGCCGGUGGCGUGUUGGCAGCCGGCUUUGUAGGUGUUGUUGCUUUGCUUUAA